ACAAAAAGAAUAAAAAUAUUUAUUUUUCCAAUUAUAUGAACAAUGUUUAAUAUUCAUUCUCGUAGAUAAUUCACAAAAUCCACAACUAAAAUAAAGCAGACGUCGAAGUGUUCUUCCACGUAUCAGCUGAUCAUAUAUUGUAAUGUCAUUAUGUGAAAAUAUGAACCAUUCACUCUUACAUCCUAAUCGCUAAUCCUUCUAAAAACUCAUUACCUUUUGUUACAUCUUGAACUGUGCGCUUUGUCUCGUUUCUUCUCUUAAAUUUCUCUUCUGCUUCAUUGUUCCCGUCCAUCAGAUACAUUCUAACCCAACUCUGUCAAACACAAAACCAGAAUCAAAAACGAGAGUAUACCUAUAACUUCUAAAGUAUAAUUUUAAAAGUUAAGCUGUUAUAAUGGUUUCGAUUGUAUAAAUGCAAUGUAUUCCAAACUCGUUCGACCGACAACCAACAGAACUGUGACAAGCAUAAUUUCUGAAACAUUUCCUUCUCGAUGUCAAAGAUUUAAUAGAAAAUGGCAUUGCUUAAUACUUCAGCGAUUGAACUUUCAUACGACGCGAAAGCUACAUUAUCCCGCAUCUUUUAGCUUAUGCUUUGGUUCAAUCUUAGGUGGAUUUUAUGUAAGGAAAUGGUGGAUGAAACAAACUCCCAUGCAAAAGGCGAAAUAUAUAAGAUGGUAUAGGCAACGGAGAAAUAUUGUUCAUGGUUCUUUGGGAUUUUUAUCUUUUGCAAUCAUCGUUUAUUUACUGACAUCUUUCGAAAGAGAUCCAGUGUUAAGAAGACCGCGUUUGGUUUUAUUUGACCCAGAAUCACGAGUCGAGAAUGCUAGACUAUUUUUUAAUUGGAUAGUAGCAAGUCAAGAUAAUGUACUACCAUUGACUGAUCCCUUAUAUGGCAGAGUGGCCAAAGCAAUAAGGAAAUUAACAAAUUGUAAUAAAGAACUAUUGGAGGAUACUGACUGGAGUAUCACUAUAAUUUAUCGUAUGUUUAACAUAGCAGCAUUACCCAAUGUUUUAAUAUUAGCGGAUAGGAGCAUCAUUAUCAUUUAUGACAUGUUUAACUUCAUUAAAAGCAAUGAUCAGCUAAUGUUUAUUUUAGCUCAUGAAAUGGCACAUGAAAUACUUCUUCAUAAUACGGAAACUUUGUCUGUGGGAAGGAUAUGUGAUUUUAUAAUUCCUACAUUGUCAUUCGUAAUUUGGGCACUUUACCCAAGAAGAGCAGCAGCCAUGCUGUCUUCAGUUAUGUAUAUAUUUAUAGGCGCUGCGUUCUCGUGGUACAAGAGACACAAAGAAAUCGAGGCUGAUGACGUUGGUCUUCAAUUCUCUGCGAAGUGUUGCAUCGACCCAAGAGAAAUUUUAGUAUUCUGGCAGAUUAUGAAGACAUUUGAAGAGCUUAGUGGAUGGAAGAAUCUCCGAUUAGGAUUAUUUACGCAUCAUCCAACUAUAGAAAGGAGAGAAAGGAGGAGCUAUCAUCAGAUGCCUAAAGCAUUGAAGUUGAGAGAAGAAGCCAAUUGUCCCCCGUUACCAGACAAUGACCCACGUGACAAUUUGCCAUAUUACAGGAAAGAUAUUGAGAAGCACAUGCACAAAGUUUCAAAGUUGAUAGUUGGAGCGCCGAAAGGGAACUAUUCUUCGACCAAAAAAUUACCUUAUCCAAACGAACCCGGCGUCGCGUAUCGUUGUACAAUUAGAAAAACAAAAUGCGAGGAAAUCAGACCUCUGAGGAUCGACGACGAAGAGGAUUACAUAGAGCAAAUCGGGAGGAAUAUGUUGAUACGUAAGCGGCGCGGGUGGUUUGGGAGCGCAAUUUCCAUAGACGAAUUACAUGGAAUUAUGACGAUAUGCGCGCCGCGGAUUAUUAUUACCAUUUACCAAGAUUAUUAUGUAGACACCAUGCAGGGGAUGUGUUACAACGAAAAAGUUUCUUCCAACACGCUAUUGAUGGAAGAUAGAGAUCUCGCGUUUCAUGAUUUUACCUCGAAUUUCUGGUAUAAUCCAAUGCACGGUUUCUCUGUACAUUACGCCAGAACGAAGGGAAACGAACAAAAAGAUGUUAGUCGCAUAGUUGGAGAACCGAAACACGAGACUUAUGGUACCGUGGAUAUAUUGUAUACGAAUAAAAGGAUGACCGUAGAGUUGCCAUCAAGCGACGACCUAUCUCAAUUUGGCUUCAGCGUUGAAUCCGGCUAUUUCUUCAAACCAGAUCAAUUGCUCUUUGCCAGUGGUGCUCCUGGUUGGAAUUACAUGGGCAUGGUAGGAAUAAUCAAUCCAGUAGAUAAAAAGGUUGUUACGAAAUUACAUGGUACCAGCAUAGGUGAAUAUUUUGGAGCAAGUUUGGCCGUGGGAGAUUUAAACAAUGAUGGUCUGGAUGAUCUUUUGAUUGGAGCACCGUAUUGGGGUGAAGACAAUGGCAAACUGUAUGCUUACUUAGGUAACUCCAAGGGUCACUUUGAAACGGUAAUUACUGUGCAAGGGAUGGUAGAGGGAAGUCAUUUCGGUUACGCUAUAGCCAGCAGUGAUUUGGAUGACGAUAGUUUCGACGAUGUAAUCGUGGGAUCACCUUGGGAAGAUAAUGGUGUGAUUUAUAUUUUCAACGGUGGUCCAGAUUUGGAGAAUGCAAAUCUACAAGUAGCGCAACGAAUUGAAGCCGUUGGAUUACUGAAAGAUAUGCGGAGAUUCGGAUUUUCGAUAUCGAAUCCGGUCGAUAUCGAUGAUAACGGGUAUUUGGAUAUCGCGAUCGGAGCAUAUAAAUCGGAACAUGCAGUAAUACUUCGUGGCAAACCGGUUGUGAAAACAGAACUUAUCAUUCAGACGGUACCUAGUACUCUGCAAAGAAAUGCUACACAUUUUGUAGUGAAGAUAUGUCCAAUGUACACAGGCUACAAUAAGCUGCGUAUAGGACAAAGUAAGUCAACUUCUCCAUAGUAAUAGACUUAUUAUAAAGGAAUAUAUUUUUUAUCUACAGAAUUUAAGAUUACAGUCACUGUAGAUGAGCGGUACCAGCGGACCACAGAAACAAUUUUAGAAUUAGAGUCUGUUAAUUCUCUUAAAUCUCUUAUUAUAGAAAAUUGCCUCUCUGCUCAAGUUAAUAUCUCGAGAAACAUACGAGACUUCAUUGAGCCAAUUGCUAUUUUUGCGAAGCACGAUUUUAUACAAGAUAACGCAUCAAGUUUAUUUUGUGAAUACUGCCCCGUGGAAAGGAGAGACAAUAAGCUGCAAAUUGCGCAAACAUUGCUCUCCUUUAAUAUCGAUUGCGGGGCAGACAAAGUCUGCAACUCGAAUAUAUUCGCGACUGGAAAAUUUUACAAUGUGCGAGAGAACGAUACAUGGGUGAUCGGUUCGAAUGACAUGAGUUUGGAAAUAAAUUUAAAAAACCAUGGGGAACCCGCGUAUCUCACUAUGCUCGAAUUCGCGAUACCCGAAGGGGUAGUAUUACGGAGUAUACUACCGGCUUGUCAGGAAGACACUUCUAAACAAAAUUUACGAGUGAUCUGUGAAGCCGGAAAUCCUAUCUGGAAAGAUGAGGAGAAAAACGUUAAACUGGACUUGGACAUGAAACACUUAAUUAAUGGUUCGUUAUACAACAAUAAGUUAGAUUUUAAUGUAAAGAUAAAGACGCGUAGUAUAAAUCGUGGAAUGAUAAGCAUAGUUAAAACACUCAGUUUAGUGAACGAAGUUUCUCUAUCUCUGCAAGGGAAAGCAAAUGAGGAAGCUUAUUAUUUAUCUACUUUAAACGAGGCAGCUCCGAAUAUUACCUUUCAACACGCUUAUCAAGUAUACAAACUCGGAGCAUCGCCUAUAGAAGAUGCGAAACUUAUUGUUAAAGUGCCGUUGGCUCUUAAGGGAUCGGAGACUUUUGUGCACGUAUAUAAUCCUCAGUUCUAUAUGUCAGGGGAACGCUAUGACUGUUUCACGGAAAAUACUUUACCGGAAAACAGCGCACGCGGGACGCAAAAUGAAUUUUCUUUAAAUGAAAUCGCCAUGUCUACGUUCAGUAAUAAAAUACAAAGACACGUAUUAAGAAAAAGAGAUUUAGAAGAAUCAUAUUUAUGGUUUCACGAUAUAGGGAACAUCGAGGAUCCGCAAAUUUUGAACGAAAGUCGGUCGAAUAAUGUUAUUCAUAUGAACUGUUCAAUCCCUGAGGCAAAUUGUACAACCAUAACGUGCCACUUGAAUGCACUAAGAACGUUGCAGGACAUUGGAAAGAUGGUGAUCAAGUUUAUCCUGGAUGUUAAUAAACUUAAAGAAACAUUCAAGAAUAACGGAACCGUUCUAAAAUUUUCUACUGAGGCAAGCAUAGAUAUAACAAAGCCCAAAACAAGGCUACAUAUAAAUGGGACUCGAUCUACGAUAGAAGUUACAACAGUGUUUUACGACAUUCCGAAAGUGGAAAAGUUACAGUUAUGGAUUGUCCUGAUUUCUGUAUUAGUUGGAUUGUUAUUGUUACUCAUCUUCGCCGUGAUUUUAAAAAUGGUGGGUUUCUUCAAACGAAAGAGAAAGCAAGAAUUGACCGAUUCCAAAAGUAACGAAGUAAGUACAUAA